AGACGCUUGAAGAAAAGCUGCCUUCCAAGAAGACGACAUGCUCUCGGCAACCCCCCUGUAUGGGAACGUGCACAGCUGGGUGAGCAGCGAACGGGUCCGCAUGUGCGGGAUCAACGAAGACAGGAAAAUUCCUGUAAAUGACGGUGACGCUUCAAAGGCCAGACUGGAACUGAGGGAAGAAAAUCCCUUGAACCACAACGUGGUGGACGCGACCACUGCCCAUCGGAUCGAUGGCCUGACGGCGCUGAGUAUGGACCGCACCGGCCUCAUUCGGGAAGGGCUGCGGGUCCCGGGCAACAUCGUGUAUUCCAGCCUGUGCGGGCUGGGCUCCGAGAAAGGCCGGGAGGCCGCUGCCAGCUCCCUCGGCGGUCUCGGGUUUUCUUCCGAAAGAAACCCAGAGGUGCAGUUCAAACCCAACACCCCCGAGACGGUGGAGGCCUCCGCUGUCUCCGGAAAAGCCCCCAAUGGCUUCAGUGCCAUCUACAAAACGCCACCCGGAAUACAAAAAGGCGCGGUGCCCCCCGCAGAGGCGCUGGGCUUGGACCGGCCGGCCGGCGACAAGCAGAGCCCUCUCAACAUCAACGGUGCUAGCUACCUGCGGCUGCCCUGGGUCAACCCCUACAUGGAGGGGGCCACGCCAGCCAUCUACCCUUUCCUGGACUCGCCAAACAAGUACCCCCUGAACAUGUACAAGGCCUUGCUACCUCAGCAGUCCUACAGCCUGGCCCAGCCGCUCUACUCCCCGGUCUGCACCAACGGGGAGCGCUUCCUCUACCUGCCGCCGCCCCACUACGUCAGCCCCCACAUCCCCUCGUCCCUGGCUUCGCCCAUGAGGCUCUCGACGCCUUCGGCCUCCCCGGCCAUCCCCCCGCUGGUCCACUGUGCCGACAAGAGCCUGCCCUGGAAGAUGGGCGUCAACCCCGGGAGCCCCGUCGAUUCCCACGCCUACCCCCCUGCCCGGGGACGCGGCGCUCCUGCUGCCGCCCUCGCCUCGGCCUUCACCCCGGGUGCACCUGCCCUCGCAGCCCACGGUGGACACCUACCCCGAGUUCCACAAGCAUUACGGCCGGAUCUCCACGUCGCCCUCCGUCACCCUGUCGAAGCCAUACAUGACGGUCAGCGGAGACUUCCCGGUGGCCCGGCUCUCCAAGUACCCGAAGGUGGCAGAGGGGGCGGACAGCACGCAGCCGGUGCCCGGGCACCCUCGGAAAACGGCAAAGACGCGGGCUCCCCUCCUCUCUUGGAGAAGCAGACGAUUACCAAAGACGUCACCGAUAAGCCGCUGGACUUGUCCUCGAAGGUGGUGGACGCAGACGCGUCCAAAGCCGAGCACGUGAAGAAGAUGGCUCCCACGGUGCUAGUGCACAGCAGAGCCGCCAGUGGCCUCGUGCUGGCCGGGGGCGAGCUGCCCAAGGAAACCUUAUCCCCUCCGGGCAGCGGCUGCGCUAUCUAUAGGUCUGAGAUCAUCAGCACGGCGCCCUCGUCCUGGGUGGUGCCCGGGCCCAGCCCCAGCGAGGAGAACAAUGGCAAGGGCCUGCCGCUCAAAAACAAGGCCUUGGACUGGGCCAACCCAGACCCCAGCUUCAAAGCGAGCGAGAAUGGCCUCCCGCCCAGCUCCAUCUUCCUCUCUCCGAACGAGGCGUUCAGGUCCCCACCCAUCCCCUACCCCAGGAGCUACCUCCCCUACCCGGCGCCCGAGGGCAUUGCCAUCAGCCCCCUCUCCUUACACGGCAAGGGACCGGUCUACCCUCACCCGGUCUUGUUGCCCAACGGCAGUCUCUUUCCUGGGCACCUGGCGCCCAAGCCCGGCCUGCCCUAUGGGCUGCCCACCGGCCGGCCGGAGUUUGUGACCUACCAGGACGCGCUGGGGUUGGGCAUGGUGCAUCCCAUGUUGAUACCUCACACGCCCAUAGAGAUCGCGAAGGAGGAGAAGCCGGAGAGGAGGUCCCGGUCCCACGAGAGAGGCCGCUACGAGGACCCCACCCUCCGGAGCCGCUUCGAUCUGCUGGAAGCGAGCAGCACGAAGUUACACCCAGACGUUCCAGCCGACAAGAGCCUGAAGCCCAGCGCCGGCUGGAAUCAAGGCAAAACGGUCAUCAAGAGCGACAAGCUCGUCUAUGUGGACCUCCUUCGGGAAGAGUCAGACACUAAACCUGACACGAACAUGUCCAAAGCCGGCUUCACCGCCGACGGCAUCAGCCAGACCCCUGAGCCCGCCAAGCCCGCGGCUGAGCCGGCCCUGCAGUCACACCGCGACUUCAUGGCCCUGAGAGAGGAGCUGGGGCGCAUCAGUGACUUCCACGAAGCUUAUGCCUUCAAGCAGGCCGCGGGCCAGGCCGUCUUCAGCUUAAGCAAGGAGGGCGCUCCAGCGGGCCCCAGCAAGGAGAGCCUGGGGGUGCCGGUCUCCGCCUCGUUCCUGGAGCCGACACUCGGGAGCGAUGGCCCUGCUGUAACUUUUGGUAAAACCCCAGAGGACCCCAAACCAUUUUGUGUGGGCGGUGCCCCACCCAGUGUGGACGUCACCCCCACCUAUACCAAAGAUGGAGCUGACGAGGCAGAAUCUGAUGGCAAAGUGCUGAAGCCGAAGCCGUCGAAGCUGGCCAAGAGAAUCGCCAACUCCGCUGGUUACGUGGGUGACAGAUUCAAGUGUGUCACCACCGAACUGUACGCAGAUUCCAGUCAGCUGAGCCGGGAGCAGCGGGCCCUGCAGAUGGAAGGAUUACAAGAGGACAGUAUUUUAUGUCUACCCGCUGCUUACUGUGAGCGUGCAAUGAUGCGCUUCUCAGAGUUGGAGAUGAAAGAGAGAGAAGGUGGCCACCCAACAACCAAAGACUCCGAGGCGUGCAAGUUCAGCCCUGCAGAGUGGGAAAGCUUGAAAGGAAAUCAGGACAAAAAGCCAAAGUUGGUCGCCCUGGAGGAGGCCAUUGCUGACCAGAAUGACAGUGAGCGAUGUGAAUAUGGUGUUGGAAACAAACACGACCCUUUCGAGCCCCCGGAGAACAAGGACCUGCCCCUGGAGAAGUACUUUGUGGUUAUUUCUCCAUUAGAUGACUGGCCUGAGAGGGAAAUGACAAACAGUUCCUCUAACCACUUAGAAGACCCACAUUAUAAUGAGCUGACCAACCUGAAGGUGUGCAUUGAAUUAACAGGGCUGCAUCCUAAAAAGCAACGCCACUUGCUGCACCUUAGAGAACAGUGGGAGCAGCAGGUGUCGGCAGCAGACAGCAAACCUGGCCGGCAGGGCAGGAAGGAAGUGACCCAGGCCAGUCAGCCUGAGGCCACAGCCCAGGGCAAUAGCCUCUCCGAAGAGAAGCCUGGCAGGAAAAGGGCAGAGACCAGAGGCAACAGAAGCUGGGCGGAAGAGGCCCUCAAGUGCAGUGACAAUGAGCAAGGUCUGCCUGUGUUCGCCGCCUCUCCGCCCAUGAAGGGCCUUUCAUCCCCCAAUGCGAGCGGCAAAAAGCAGACUCAGCCAAGCUGCACGCCAGCCUCGAGGCCGCCUGCCAAACAUCCGAAAAUUAAAGAAAACCCGAAGACAGAUGUGCUGUGCACGGACGAGGAGGAGGACUGCCAGGCCGCGCUGCUGCAGAAAUACACCGACGGCGAGAAGCCAUCCGGGAAGAGGCUGUGCAAGACCAAGCACCUGAUCCCGCAGGAGCCGCGGCGCCUGCCGCUGCCCGGGGACUACUACGUGGACAACGCUGACGGCAAGGUGACCGUCAGGAGAGUCCGAAAGCGGCCCGAGUCCAGCUCCGACUACGAUCUGUCCCCGGCCAAGCAGGACCAGAAGCCCUUUGACCGUUUGCAGCAACUGCUACCCGCGUCGCAGUCCUCCCAGCUGCCCCGCUCCAGCUCCCCACCCGAGGCCACGCAGUCGCGCCCCAUGCCCCCCGAGGCACGGAGGCUGAUUGUCAACAAGAACGCAGGCGAGACCCUCCUGCACUUCCAUGACUCUCCUAUCUCAGGAGGAAAUGGACACGAGGAGAAGUUCAAGGGUGCAUUGUGUGGCGGGCUGACGGCGGUCCCCCUUCGCUCCCCGCAGGAGGUGGUCUUGUACUGCUUGGAGAAUAAGAUUUGUGACGUUAACCACCGCGACAAUGCCGGAUACUGUGCCCUGCAUGAAGCCUGUGCCAGGGGGUGGCUGAACAUCGUGCGACACCUUCUUGAAUACGGUGCUGAUGUCAACUGCAGUGCCCAGGACGGAACCAGGCCCCUCCACGAUGCGGUCGAGAACGACCACCUGGCGAUCGUCCGCCUGCUCCUCUCCUAUGGUGCUGACCCCACUCUGGCUACGUACUCAGGUAGAACCAUCAUGAAGAUGACGCACAGCGAACUCAUGGAAAGGUUUCUAACAGACUAUUUGAAAGACCUGCAGGGCCGCAACGAUGAGGACUCCAGCAGCUUCUGGGAGUUUUACGGCAGCUCCGUGUGUGAGCCGGACGAUGAAAGUGGAUAUGACGUGUUAGCGAACCCCCCGGGGCCAGAGGACCUGCAGGAGGAUGACGAGGCCUACAGUGAUGUGUUCGAAUUUGAGUUUUCAGAAAGCCCCCUCUUACCGUGUUACAACGUCCAAGUGUCUGUCGCUCAGGGGCCUCGCAACUGGCUGCUGCUGUCGGACGUGCUGAAGAAGCUGAAGAUGUCCUCCCGGAUCUUCCGCUGCAACUUCCCCAACGUGGAGAUCGUCACCAUCGCCGAGGCCGAGUUCUACCGGCAGGUCUCAGCCAGUCUCCUGUUCUCUUGCUCCAAAGACCUGGAGGCCUUUAACCCCGAAAGCAAGGAGCUCCUGGAUCUGGUCGAGUUCACGGGCGAGCUACAGAGCCUGCUGGGCUCCACCGUGGAGUGGCUGCACCCCAGCGACACGGGCUCGGACGACUACUGGUGAGCCGCCCGGCCUCCUGUACAGUGUGUUAUAGUGUUAAUCCUUGUGCAUAUGUGUCAUAAUACGGCUAUUUCUGUAAAGAAAGGACACUAUUACAUAUGGAAAUAUCUCUUCUUUAUAUAAGAGAAACGGCCCCAGUCGGAAGGACUUAGCAACGUGUUUUUGUUUUCUUUUUAAACUUUUAAGUCAGUUUUUAUGAAGUUGUUAUAACGUUCCUUUACUUGUCCAUGCACACAUGCUUUGGGAUAUGUUUGUGUUUUUUUUUCUUGGAAGAUUUGUUUUUUUGCUUUUCUUUUUUAAGGAGAAAAAAAAAAAUGAGGAAAGGGAGCGCAACACUUUGACUUAAUUUCACACAAAAGCUCCGAUGGAUGGCCGAGGCCGCAACCAUGUAGUGUGGUCGCAACUGUGUGGUUGGUUUGGGGGUGAAUUCGGUGAUGUUGUAACUUUAUGUUUUGUUUACAGAGUACCUGCUCGGGUCAGGUAAAUGCUAUUGGAUGCAAUCCAGUGGCGUGUAAUAUAAAUUCAAACCAUAUCCACACACAACAACUAAUUGUAUGAAACUUUUAUAUCCUAAUUUAAAAGCUGUGAAAUUAGUUUUCACGCAUCAAACCGGAUUGUUUAUAUGUUUAAACAUUUUAUGCUCUUAUUUAAAGAAGACUUUGAGCUAUUUUUUUCUGUACCCUGUAAAAUAUUGAAAACUAACAAUAUGUUGAGGUUGCUUGAAAAUGUACAUAAAACUAAAAUUUUCUGAAUUGUGUGUUUAUGUUUGAAAUCUGUGUUUUAACUUUGUAAGUAAAUUCUCUGCCUUUGUAUUUAUAUUUUACAAAAAUUUUCUUAAAAGGCAAUAAACCUGUUGAAGAAAGGAGAA